AUGACACAUCUAAACCGCGGUCUUACGGUGGUGGACACUACGGUGGUGAAUAGUACGGUGGUGAAUAGUACGGUGGAGGACAGUACGGUGGAGGACAGUACGGUGGAGGACAGUACGGUGGAGGACAGUACGGUGGUGAAUAGUACGGUGGAGGAUAGUACGGUGGAGGACACUACGGUGGAGGACAGUACGGUGGAGGAUAGUACGGUGGUGGACAGUACGGUGGUGGACAGUACGGUGGAGGACAGUACGGUGGAGGACAGUACGGUGGAGGAUAGUACGGUGGAGGACAGUACGGUGGUGGACAGUACGGUGGUGGACACUACGGUGGUGGAUAGUACGGUGGAGGACAGUACAGUGGAGGACAGUACGGUGGUGAAUAGUACGGUGGAGGACAGUACGGUGGUGGACAGUACGGUGGAGGACAGUACGGUGGUGGAUAGUACGGUGGAUGACAGUACGGUGGAGGAUAGUACGGUGGUGGACAGUACGGUGGAGGACAGUACGGUGGUGGACAGUACGGUGGAGGACAGUACGGUGGAGGACAGUACGGUGGAGGACAGUACGGUGGUGGACAGUACGGUGGUGGACACUACGGUGGUGGAUAGUACGGUGGAGGACAGUACAGUGGAGGACAGUACGGUGGUGAAUAGUACGGUGGAGGACAGUACGGUGGUGGACAGUACGGUUUAA